CUUUAACUCGUCUCCUUCUCCCUCUCUCUCUCCUAUUCUUCUUCCAUCUUCCUUACCUCCGGCGUCCUCCUCCAGAAGCGUGUAUUUGCUAAAGUACGCCCGGUCUCAACAUCUGCAGAGAGGGAGCAAGAAUGUACGGGGGUUCGUCAAAACUCGGUAGAGGUGGAGGAGGCGGUGGUCGGGGUACGAAACGCAUCCACAAUCCCUUCCCUCCGCCGCCUCCCAACCGCCCUGCCGGCGCCGCCGGUGGUCGUCUUACCAUCGGUGGCGCCGGCUCUCGUAACCGCCAAGCCAGCACCACCCCAGCUGCCGCCCCAUCAGCCCCGGAAGAGACCUUCAGCCUUGUCACGGAAAGUCCACUUGCCUUCGCCAUGAUCAUCCGGCUUACCCCCGACAUAGUCGACGAGAUCAAGCGGGUUGAAUCGCAGGGAGGUACUGCCCGAAUCAAAUUCGACUCCAAUACUAACAAUAUGUCUGGAAAUGUUAUUGAUGUAGGUGGUAAGGAGUUUAGAUUUACAUGGUCACAAGAACCAGCAAACCUCUGUGAUAUUUAUGAAGAACGACAAGGUGGUGGGGAUGGAAAUGGUUUGCUUGUUGAAUCUGGGUGUUCAUGGCGCAAACUAAAUGUACAACGUAUUUUGGAUGAAUCUACAAAGAACCAUGUGAAAAUGCGGUCAGAGGAGGCUGAACGUAAACUUAGAUCUCGCAAAAGCAUUGUCUUAGACCAUGGAAACCCGUCUGUAAAGAAUGAAAUGAAGACAUUAGCAGCAGCUGCAGUUGAUGUUAAUUCACGGUGGAUGCCCUUCAAGUCAAAGAAAGAGCCUGCAUUUAAGAAGCGGAAAGUUGAAUCAACUCAAGUUGCAAUGGGUGGUCCUCCUAAAUCUGUAUUCAAACCAGGAUUGUCUUCAACUGCUACUGCUAAGGGCAGGCCAUCAGUUUCACCUGUUCCAUCUCCGCCUGAACAAUUUGCUGCUUCAACAUCUCCCUUGAGAAGUGGAAAUCUUACAAAGGGCCAUACAAGCAUUGAAGGAGCAAUUACACCAGUGAUGAGCAAAGAGAACGCUUCCAACAAUGAGAGAGAAAUCACCCGGAAGGCUGUUCAUGGAGCCACACGAGAAGCAUCAGGAAGUAAAGUGAGUUUAGGAGAUAAACCAAUGGAUUUGCAGAAUACGCUGAUUACUCUACUUAUGGAGAACCCAAAAGGGAUGACCUUAAAGGCCCUGGAGAAAGCAUUUGGAGACACAAUUCCCAAUGCUGCAAGGAAGAUUGAUCCUAUUCUUAAAAGAAUUGCAACUUUUCAAGCUCCAGGAAGAUAUUUGCUAAAACAAGGAGUGGAUUUUGAAACGUUCAAGAAACCUUCAUCUGAAAGUGGAAGUUCCCCUGAGUGCACACAUUCUCCAGACCCAGACUUUCCAGAUAAAAGUGGAACUAAGGAACCAGAGCAGCAAAGCCAAUUGAUCCCAAAAAUAGAAUCAAAUUUGGUGGAGAAAAUUGAUAUUCCACAAAACUCUCCAGAUCUCUUUGGUGAUAAAAAGCUGUCUGACAACAGUGAAGGGCAGGCAGGCAGCUCUAGUGAUAGUGGAAGUGAUAGCGAUAGUGAAAGUGAUAGUAGUGACAGUAGUGACAGCGGAAGCCAGAGUAGAAGCAGAAGCAAAAGCAGAAGCCCAGGAGGAAGUGGGAGUGGGAGCAGCAGUGAUAGUGAAAGUGAUGGUUCUUCUAGCAGCAAGGAGGGAUCUGAUGUUGAUGUCGAUAUUAUGACUAGUGAUGAUGACAAAGAAGUUGAACAUAAAUUGCCAACCCAUGAACCCAUGUUCCCUACCUCCCCCAUUCAAGCAGGAACAUCUAGCCUACCAGGAGAAAAUGGCAUUGUUGAAGCUAAACAGGAUGGGAACAUGUCUGAUGAAGAUAUAACCAUUGAUGAUCAUGAAAAUGAAAUAAUUGAGAUCACUGAUCCAGUUCCUAGCAAAGUGGAGCCAGGAUCUUUAGAAGAGACUAUUCCCUUUCCAGUGUCCCGUGAUAAGAAACAGGAGACCCAACAGUUCUCUCAUUAUGUGCACCAUGAUGAUGAAAGAGAAGGUGCAAUGAAGGAUGACUUGGGGAAUGAGCAGUCUGACAGCUCAGAGAGAAUAUCCAAAGUCAAAUCUAAAAGAGGUUCUGACACAAAGAAUUUCCAUGAGAAAUCUGAAACUGCUGGAAGGGCUAAAGCAGGAGGUUCAUCUCAACCACCAAUCUCCAUGAGGAAUAAGGAGACAGUUUUCUCAGGGAGCCCAAAUGACUCUUCUCCUGAUAGGUUUAGCCAAGCCCCAUAUAAGGACCAAGCUGUAAGGACAACUGAGAGAGUGGGCAGGGAUGGAAAUUUAGAUACUCGCUCACAGAAAGGAUACAACCAAACAACUGGAAGAUCUGUUGUUGACAUCCAAAAGCCAGGUCAAAGAUCUGCUGAUCUUAGUGCCAGGGGGAAGACUCCAGACAUGUCAGAUAAACCCAGCAGAUAUGUUGAGAACUUGGGCCGAGGUGCUAAACUUUCUGAAAAGAGUUCUGCUUUUGCAGAUGAAUCAGAAGUUUCUGUCAUGGGGAGCAUGCGUCCACAUGGAAUUUCCCCCAUAUCGAAAGAUAAAGUUCAUAGAGAAACACAAGGUGGAGACAGUUAUGCCUAUGAGAAAUCACAGACAAAAGGUGGGAAGGAGAGUGGUUAUGGAGACAAAGCCCCAAUGCUCUCUGAUUCACAUUAUAGAAGGCAUGGAGAACAGAUCAGAAARUUCAAGGAUGGGCAUAUGGCAUACUCGCAAAUGGACUCUUCUCCCAAGGAUAACAAUAGAAGUGAUGCGGACAAAUCUCCGGUAGUUAAUGGGAAAAGUAAUAUGCUGAGACGAGAGUAUUCAGACUUGGAGCUGGGUGAACUUCGUGAGCCCAUACCUGGUGAGGAAGCCAAGGGGGUUAAGAAGCAGUUUGAGAGAAAAGGUUCAUUCAAACUAUCAGAUAGUAAACAAAAUGCAUCAGAUAACUGGACUUCAGAUUCAAGUAAAGGAAGAACUGCAGCAAAAGCAAUUCAAGAAUCAAGAAAGCAGUCACCACCAAACAUGAGAGCUAACGUUUUCAAUAACCAAGAUAGCUCAUCUAGGAAGAGGACUCCAGAAGAUGAUAUUGAAUCAAUGAGGCCUCAUCAGAAGGUUGUGCCUUCACAGGCACAGCAGUUUUCCAGAGUAAAUGCUGAUGACUCUGAAGUUGGGUUGCAGUUCAGUAAGACAGUAGACAUGGGUAGUAAGUCUAGGAAGAAUGAGACACCAACGAACCAGGUCAUCGGUGUCGAAGGUUAUGGAAGCACUAAUAAGAAGGCUCCUAUCAGUGUAUCACAGCAGCGUGAUGGUAAAGGUGCAGGCCAGACAUUAGCUCGUGACAUUGUGAAAGAAACUAAAUCCCAAAGAUCUAAUGCUGCAAGUGAUAUCACUGAAAGAAGAAAGGAUGAUUUCUGGCUUGGAACCAAUAAUAGUCACAGGAGGAGAGAAUCUUCUUCUGAUGAGGAUAGUUGUUCUUAUUCCAAGUAUGAAAAAGAUGAACCAGAGCUCAGAGGUCCAAUAAAGGAUUUCUCACAAUACAAGGAAUAUGUGCAAGAGUAUCGUGAGAAAUAUGGUACUUAUUGCUCCUUGAACAAGAGCUUGGAGGCUUACAGGAAUGACUUCCAGAAACUUGGACAUGACCUUGAACUUGCAAGGGGAAGGGAUGUGGAAGGAUAUUAUAACAUCUUGGAGCAAUUAAGAGAAAUGUAUCGUCAGUGUGGAAUGAGACAUAAGCAACUGAAGAAGAUAUUCAUCGUGCUUCAUGAAGAACUGAACCAUCUCAAGCAGAGAAUCAAGGAUUACGCAGAUGCAUAUACAAAAGAUUAAAUUUCCUUAAUUCACUCUAUCACUCCAAAGUUGCAUGUGAAAAUUUCCAUGUCAGCCGACUGUAUAAGGUCUCAAGAUAGGGCUCAAUGGGUUGCUUAAAAACACUUGGCAGAGUUUAAAUUGUUGGUAAUGGAUGGUGUUCUGUCAUGGAGCUUCAUCUAUGGCGAUCUCGUUCAUAACUUCAGGUGCCUACUAGAUCAUGUGUCAGGCGAGAUACAAAAGGACAACCAGUAAACCCAGAAAUCUUGCAGGGGGGAAGGAAACAUUAGAGAAUCAGCAUGGCCACCACUUUCUGCAAUUUGGCAAUUAUGGUCCACCUUUUUGUCACUUCCACAAGGAAAAAAAUGUUUUUUAUUCAUUUCUUCCUUCUGUGUUUUGGCUAUCAAGAUCUCCAUGGUGAGCAUUGAGAAGGUAAAUUUGUAUAAUAUGUAUCCAUAUCAUUGAUACAAGAAUGAUUAUUCAAGUGUACAGGUCCCUAACAGGUUUCUUUAAGCUUUGUUAGUGUAUUUUUCUCAUCGGCCAUUCAGCCCAUUUUCAUUUUGUUUCGUCAUGUCUAAUCAUCUUUUGAUUAGAUCAACAGUAUGGAUCAACAGUAUCAUCAGAGAUCAGUGUGAUUUAAGUUUCUGUUGA